CGGACCAAUAGGAGGGGGCGGCGAGUGCCUGUCAGUCACAGGUGAGGGUGUAUGGUUAGAAAAAAAGUUGGGUGAAAAGGGCCGGAGACUGAAGAGAGCCCGGGCUGAUGGCAGAGCUAUGCGGUGGAGUAGCAUCGUGCCUGCGGAUGUAGCAGAAACCUUUCACGGCUUCUCCCGCGGGGAUGCAACCAGGAACCAACACUGGAGGGAAAGAAACUAAGCGCCAGCAGUGCUCCUCGGAGUUAAGUAACCUAAAAUGUGGAUGAACUGACAUAAACUCCACUCUCCAGGCGGUUAAUUUACUCAAUUUGCAACCGAGCAAACUUCGCUUUUAUGAAAAUGGCCGUUCGAGGCAACUCGCUCAUGCCUUUCUCAAUCCAAGCUAUCCUAAACAAAAAGGACGACAGCCGACACUUGCCGGAUUUGGACAUGUGCUUCUCUAAAACGACGUGCUGGAAAAUAUUUGGGGAGAUGAACGGCGGUUCUAGGGGGACUGAUGGGGAGGCUUGUGAGCCGACCGACCAGAAAAGCUACGACUCAGACUCGGGACUCAGCGACGUUAACGACAGCAAGGCUCCGGCGGUGUGCAAGUCGGAGAAGGACGGGGACCCUGCUUCGGAUGUCCCGGAGGAAAGUUUUCAGGAAGAGACGGACCACGAGUCUGCAGCUGCGGAGAACGCAAAGAGUGACAGUGAGCCCAACAAUGCCACGGACUCCAGCAACCUGGACGAGAAGAGCCUGGACCAGCCCAAACAGCGGAAAAAGCGCUCCAGAGCCGCCUUCUCUCACGCGCAGGUCUUCGAGCUGGAGCGCCGAUUCAACCACCAGCGGUACCUGUCCGGGCCGGAGCGGGCGGACCUGGCGGCCUCCCUGAAGCUCACAGAGACUCAGGUCAAGAUCUGGUUCCAGAACCGCAGGUACAAGACGAAACGUCGCCAGAUGGCCGCCGACUUGAUGGCGUCGACCCCAGCAGCCAAGAAGGUGGCGGUGAAAGUUUUGGUGCGGGACGACCAGAGACAGUACAGCCCGGGAGAGAUCCUACGGCCCCCGCUUCUCUCCCUGCAGCCUUCCUACUAUUACCCCUACGCCUACUGCCUCCCUGCAUGGACACUCUCUGCGUGUGCGGGGAAUCAGUGAGAACUCAGUGACUGUAUUUAUUCAUUUUAUUAUUAUUUCUCUCCCAGGAAAACAAGUUUUGUUUUUGUUUUUUUCUGACAAGAGGAGUAGACCUGCUCAGAGUGAUUGAACUGCCUCGUCGUGUCCCCGAACCUUUUUGAUGGUGUUUCACCUCUUCAGAUACUUUAAUACGACCUAUUCCUUCAUUUAGGAAGCGUCUUGUCCUGAGAGAUCCCAGCAAAGAAGGUAUUUCCCACGAUUUAGGCUCUAAAAUCUUAAACGUCUGAACUGCAGGUGAGCGGGGAGACAGGACCUCCUUAUUAAUUGUCAGAAUGUUAACCUGGGAGGAGUGACAGUAAUAACUCCAAAGUAUUCCUCCAAGGACCUCUGAAGCCCUAAACAGACUGAAAAUGUCACCUUAUGUUGGUUUAUAUUUUACAUACGGUUUCCUACCUCUGCAGUGAUUGGAAAUAAGCAUAUUCCAUUGACUUUUCAAAUAACUGUUACAGGUUGUGUGUGUGUGUUGUUUUUCCUCUUGCUGUGUUUGUUAAGGUAAGAUAUUUCAGCACUUUUGAGCAUAUACGUUAUUAUUUCAAUGCAUUAUAGUGUGUUCGGUGUCAGACUGAAACAGGUUGAAACAAACCGACUUCCAGCUGAAAUGUACUACAUGUGUUAUUUGUGUUAAAAUACUGUUUAGAGAGAAACACAUUAAAAGAAAACAUAUCAGGCA